AUGAUGCGUUUCUACAGUACUUCCUUAGCAGAAAAGCCAGAUUCCAUGUCUGAAACUCAACAUGAAAACGAAGAAUACGAAGGAGAAGAGGAGGAGGAGGAAUUAUCAUGGUCAUCAGAUUCCGAAAUAGGGGAAGCUUUGGAUUUUUUGGAUUCAAGGGACGAUACAGAAGGUGGAUUAAUGGAUGGAGGCACAUUCACUCUGCUCCACACCAGGAGACCCAAUGCCCAUGGUGGACUCCAGUCUCGCCCCAACACUUCUUCUUUCCAGCCCAUCUCUAAUAAAUCCCAGAAGUUGGCCAAUCGCAUCAGAGCCUCUCCCUUGGAGAGCCCUGUUGACAUGGCCGUCAACCCACUAGGAUUACCUUCACACAGUCUAAAUUUCUCUUGUAAACCACAACUACCAGUUGUUCAUUUGACUGUCCAAGAAUGGGAAGGAAGGCUGAAUAUUGGUAUGUCUAAUUCUGUGACGACUGCAAUUCGCGGAAGUGUACGAGAUAUGGCCAUUGGUAAAACAAAAGCAACAGAAAAAGCAGACCGUGCAACUGUUGAGCAGGCUAUUGACCCUAGAACUCGUAUGGUUUUAUUCAAAAUGCUGAAUCGAGGCGUAUUUAAUGAUAUCAAUGGAUGCAUUUCAACUGGAAAAGAAGCCAAUGUUUAUCAUGCUACAAAAUCUGAUUGUCAGGAAAUGGCAAUCAAGGUCUACAAAACUUCAGUUCUUGUAUUCAAGGAUAGAGAUCGCUAUGUACAAGGUGACUAUCGAUUUAGAUAUGGAUACUGCAAGCACAAUCCUCGAAAAAUGGUUAAGACAUGGGCUGAGAAAGAGAUGAGGAAUCUUAUGAGAUUAAGGGCUGCAGGAAUCAGGUGUCCAGCUCCACUUCUUUUGAGGCUUCAUGUUCUGGUUAUGGAAUUCAUAGGCAAGGCAGGUUGGGCUGCGCCUCGGCUCAAGGAUGCUGCUUUAUCUCUUGACAAGUUACGUGAAGGCUAUGUGGAGAUGAUCAUGGCCAUGCGAACAUUAUAUCAAAAGUGUAAACUGGUGCAUGGAGACCUCAGCGAAUAUAACAUACUCUAUUUUGAGGGACACUUAUACAUUAUUGAUGUUUCGCAAUCAGUUGAUCUUGACCAUCCACAUGCCCUUGAUUUCCUCCGAGAGGAUUGUAUUCAUGUUUCAGAUUUCUUUAGAAAACAUGGCAUAGCUGUUAUGACCAUUCGGGAACUGUUUGAUUUUAUAGUGGAUCCUACGAUUGAUGAUGAUUCGGUGGACGGUUAUCUUGAAGCGGUGCAACAAAAAAUUUUGGCUAGGGGUGAUGUGAUCUCUGCGGAGGAAGAAAUUGCAGAUUCUGUAUUUGUUCAGUCGUUCAUCCCAAAGACACUGGAUCACGUGAAAAAUGCUGAGGAUGAUGUGCAACGAAUCACGAGUGGCAAGGAUACGGAGGACAUGUAUUAUCAGACCAUUACAGGUUUGAAGCAGGCUCUUUCUAUGGCCAAUUCUUCUCAAGCAGAAGCAGAGCAGCAUCAGGGGAACGGAAAUCCAGUAAACGGGACCUCUGCUCAGGCUGCUGAACAUCCUGACUCGCCAUACGGAGAUUCAGAGACUAGAAGCGACGAAAGUGAAAGCGGUUCAAGCGAAUCAGAAGAUUCAUCUUCUGAAAGCAAUAAUAAGCAAGGGCCAGCUGACAGAAAAGUAGCCAGGAAAGAGAACAAGAAGAAAGUUAAAGAAGAGAAGAGGGAGGCUAGAAAGCAUAAAGUUCCCAAAGCUGUAAAGAAGAAAAAGAAAAAGUUGGCCAAAGCCAAAAAGUAUAGGUAA